AGAAUCUUUAUGACCAUUAGCUAUACGGACUCCUGAGUAACAGGCAAUUAUAGGAAAGCAAACUAGGGAACAUGGCUGGUUAUAUAUGUAUUUCCCCAACCACAGUUCCCACCUUGUGGCGCUCUAUUAAUUUAAUAAAGGGCGGUUCCACCAGGAGAUGGAGGCUCCAAUGUUAGCUGUGUGCCUCGACUUCCUGAGUGACCUUGUAGAUGUCAUUUCACCGCUCUGCUUCCUCCCUAUUGUCAAAUGCAAGCACCCUGUUAGACUGACAGUGCACUAGGUUUUAUGGAAGAAAAUGGCUUCAGAAAUGUAAGACUUCUGCACGUGUGUGAAGUAUUUGUGCUUGUUUCCCUAUUUUCAAGGUUGUGGGGUGGGCGAACUGGUAAAGAGGCGAGUAGAAAGCAAGGUGAGAAGACGCUGUGCUUCUCACAAGGUCGCUUGGCUCUGCUUCGACAUCCUAGGGAACCCAGAGGGUGGGGAUCUGGCCAAGAACACCUGCCUGCAGCCUCUCAACCAGCCAGGCACCCAAGAUCCAGCAGGCAACCCAGGCUAUACUGUCCCUUCAGCAAAUCCCAUUGCAGGAUCCAGGGACCAAAAGCGAGGCACGCCCCUCCCCCACUAGAUGGCACUGAAACGCCUUGUUCGCGAUUUUCAAAAUGCAGGAAGGAGAAAAAAAUGACAAAAAGAAUAUGGUGGAGGUGCGCCGAUUUUGGCCCACAAGCCCGGUUGUGCAAAGCAGGGUGCCGGACUGUCUCCUUUCCCCCAGGGCAGCUCUUGACCCGGCAGUGUGGGACCUCAACUUUGGAGUGAGGGUGAAAAUGCGGGAUGAGCAUUAAAGUGAAAACCCCAGUGUCUGGAGCCGGGAGGGAGGCUCCCAGCCCUUGCGGCGCUGUCUCACGUGAGCGAAGCAGGGGGCCUGGGGAUGGCCUGGGGCCCACCUGCUCGGGGUCUGGGGUCCCGCACGAUCUCCCAGAGCCCCCGCAGGGCCUGAAGCCAGCGGCCACCCACAUGAAGACAAAUCCACUCAUAGGUUUUCUGUGACCCCACCUUCCUUUUCAAAGCACGAGUCCUCGAGUGUUUUCAAAAUCUCUACUAACCGACCUCCCCCCCCCCCCAACUAAAAUUCUCUUCUUCUAGUCUUGAAUGGAUACGCCAAAUCUCUUCUUUCUUUUCCUGCGGAGCAGGGAGGGCAGGGGAGGUGGGUGUGUGUCGGGGUGCGGGUGCGUGGCGCUGGCUUGGGACUAGACCAGGGCUGGCCGUGACAACCUAGCGGCCGCUCGCAGCCAGCCCCGGCGGGCGGAGGCUCCCGUAGCUAGCAAGGCAGCGACUGUGGCUUCCUGGGGAAAACAAAGAUCAAACGUAACCCGACACCAGCGACGGAAACCAGGGACGCAGGGAGCUCGGUCAGCCCCUCUGAAGGCCAACUCCGCAAUAAGCAGUCUUUCCUUUAAAGAGCUGUGGUGGAUUUGAGGGGGAUUUCCAUGGCUGAAAAGAGAGAAAUAGGAGAUGUAGGCAACAUCCCUAAAUUUAUAAUAAUGCAUGUAAACAUGCUACAUACCACAUAUAUGUAUAUGUGCAUAAAUAUGUAUGUGGUAGGGCACAUGCCUAUCUAGACACCAUUGACUUGCCUGGUCAAAGAAUAAGGCUUAGACAUUUCGUGCCUGGGAAAUGGUGCAGUUUAUCUUUAAGGAGGCUAGAAAAAUAAGAGAUGAGGCUCACGUUGCACAGAUGACAUCACUAGCUUUUGGCUGCGCGCUCCGUGUUCUCGUCUGUGGGCUUUAGCCAAGGCUGCAGCGCCCGGCGCCCAAGCACAGAGCGCGGCAGCGGCUUCCUCCGGCGCCCGCAACCGGGCGAUGUGAUUUUUGGAGCCCCCCGGGCGCAGCCUGGGCUCUUGCUCCUCCCGGGCACAGGCUGAGCCUGCGAGGCCUCCGAGCCGCAGCGGCUAGAGGAGCAGGCAGGGAGGGGAAGCCGAGCGACCCAGCCUCCCUCCCCCACCCUCGCCCAUUCACCUCGGCGACCACCGCGCGUCAAGAGCCGGAUCGUGGGACGCCGAGGCCGGGACGGGAUUCUCUGCACGCUGCCGCGAGCCGGCAUCUCGGCGGCGGGGUUGGCUGCGAAGAAAAUGGUGCAAUCUGAAAGCGGCUGAGCCCAGCUAGGCAGAGCAGACGGGGUGCCAGAGUGCCAGGGGCUCAGGUGCAGGAGAAGGGGACGGACCCUAUCAGGGGUUUUUCUCCGUGCCUGCAGCAUUUUCUUUGCACCUGGGCAGCACGCUCCCGGGGCUAGCUGGAGCCAGAUGAAGUGAGGCGGAGGCGUCGCGAGAGGCAGGUCUGGAGGCGGCCGGGUGGACACUCCAGGCAGAAGACGGCGCUGGGGAGAGCGGCAUGACGCCCCGGGGGCUGGCUGCAGGGCCGGCCUCGCGCCGCGACGGCGCGACCUGUCCAUGGUGUUGAAGGCGCCGCGCGCCGAGCUCCGAGCGCCCUGCGCCGUGCGCUCUGCCCGGUGCGCCCUUUUCAGCUCAGCCCGCCCCUCGCGCCCGCCAGGUGCCGCCCAGUCUCCGCAAACCCUGGGCCAGGACUCGUCCGGUAACACCGCCAGGGUAACCGCGCCGUCGGCCCAAGGGGCCUCCUGAAUGGCGAGGCCAGGAGCAGGCGACCAGGGAGCUCGCGGGGAAAGGUCGGCCGAGACAGUGCGUCCGCGGGGAGUCCACCUCUGAGCGCAGCACGCGGGCCGGAAGGAGCAAGGGACCUGCUGGUGACCAGAGGACGGAGAUUUUUAAAAGACCCGGCCCAGAGAAGAACAUUUCUGGGCGCGCGCCCCGGGUCUUCGCUUGUAGACCGGAAGGGGGAGAGUCCCUGAGCGGGAGACCCAGGCGGGACUCAGGGCAGCCGGCCCUGGCACCUGGAGGCUGCUUUUGCCGGCCGGCCGCGUCCUGCUGUCCAGCAGCUCCUCCUGACUACCCAGCCCCAUCUCCCCCAGAAAGCCAGGCGAGUCGCUCCUGUCACCACCCUGCACAAAGAAGCCCCCGCAAGCCCCACCGCAGUCGAGGACACUUGGCAUUUAGUUUCCGGCCCGAGGGCAGCGGCGCCCAAGCCGGACUGCGCGCCGGGGCGGCGGGUUCGGAGCAGUAGCUUCCUGCGGGGCGGGGAGGGGGCGGGAGGCGGUCGUGUUGGGCUCGCCGCCGCCGGAGGCUGCAGCUGCCCUAGAGGAUGCCCAGGAGCCCGCGGGAGCCUCUCCGGAUCAGAACUUUUUAGGCUGCCCGCCCCCAUCCCCGCAGUCCCGGGGCCGCGCACCGGUAGGCGGGGGCCGUGGGGGCGCCGCCGCGCGAGUCCCUCUCGUGUCCCCCCUCCCCACCCCCAGCUCGGCCGCCUGCCGCUUUGUUCCGGGCGCGCCGAGGGAAGGCGAGGCUGCGGCGGAUCAUGCCCAUGGUGUAGCCGCCAAGCGGAGGCAUGGCUGCCGGAAGGUUACUGCUCUACACGGGCCUGUCGCUAGCGCUCUGCGCCCUCGGCAUGCUGGCCGUGGCCAUCUGCUCGGACCACUGGUACGAGACGGACGCCAGGAAGCACAGGGACAGGUGCAAGGCCUUCAACACCCGCCGGAUCGACCCGGGCUUCAUUUACAACAACAACAACAACUUGCCGCUCCGGGCGAGCCGCUCGCGCCUGGACCGCUGGGAGGGCAAACUCCUCCGGGCCCGGAAUCGCCGGCAGCUGUUUGCCAUGAGCCCUGCGGACGAGUGCAGCCGGCAGUACAACUCCACCAACAUGGGCCUCUGGAGGAAGUGCCACCGGCAGGGCUUCGACCCCGAGAUCGCCGCCCUCAUUCGGAAAGGAGAAAUUGAGCGAUGCACAUACAUCAAAUACCACUACUCCUCAGCCACCAUCCCCAGAAACCUCACUUUCAAUAUCACGAAGACCAUCCGUCAGGACGAGUGGCAUGCCCUACACCUGCGCAGAAUGACGGCCGGCUUCAUGGGCAUGGCGGUGGCCAUCAUCCUCUUCGGCUGGAUCAUCGGCGUGCUGGGCUGCUGCUGGGACCGGGGCCUUAUGCAGUACGUGGCAGGGCUGCUCUUCCUCAUGGGAGGAACCUUCUGCAUCAUUUCACUGUGCACCUGCGUGGCUGGGAUCAACUUUGAGCUGUCACGCUACCCACGCUACCUGUACGGACUCCCCGACGACAUCAGCCAUGGCUAUGGAUGGUCCAUGUUCUGUGCGUGGGGGGGCCUGGGCCUCACACUAAUCUCGGGAUUCUUCUGUACCUUGGCCCCCUCUGUUCAACCUGUCCCGAGGACCAACUGCCCUAAAUCCAGACCCGAGAAUGGGACAGUGUGCUAAAAAAACAAACCCGUACACACACACACAUAUAUAUAUAUAUAAAUAUAUAUAUAAUAUACAUAUAUAAAACAAAACUAAAUCAAGACGAUGCCAGUGCCAAGAAAGAGUUGAGUUGGCUCAGGCACCUGCAUCCCGCCAGACUUUGCGUUGCCUCAUCACCGAGAUGGGGAAAGUGUCCCCAUCCUGUGGCUCUUCCAUCAAUUCCUGACUUUUGGCUUCAUGAUUUCCUGAGGACGGAGCGAACGGCGCCACCCGUGAGAGCGUCUUGACCCCCCACCGCUCACGAAGACCGGCGAAGGGACGGUGGCAGUGGUC